AUGAUUCCAUCUUAAUCUAUAUAUAAUCCUAAAUCAACUAUUGAAGGAUUUAAAGCUAGUUUGAUUACUAAUAGAAUAUAUGAUCCUACAUAUUGUCCAGAAUAAGAUUUAUUUAAAAGAUUAGAAGAUAAUGGAUUUAUUUCAGAUGUAAUACCAAUUCCACAUUCUGACAAACGUAGAUAAUAAAUAGUUGUUUAAUCUUAUUCUCUUGCUUGGAAGAAACAUUCAAAUAAAAAAUCAGAUUAAGAAAUUGAAAAACUUAAUUAAUUAUAUAGUUUCUUAUAAAAAGAUUAAAAGGAUUAUCAUCAUGAUUCAAGUGAUUUAUUCAUUGCCAAUCUAUUGAAUUUGAAUGCAGAAUUGAAAUCUAAAUCAUUACCUGAAAUUUCUGAUUUUGUAUUUAAUAUGAAAAUAUGGGAUAAAUUAAUAUAAGAGAGAUUAUCAUCCAAAAAAUCAACUAAACCUGCUGGUGUAUAUUUAUAAAGGGAUCCAGAAGUGUUAUUGAAUGAACAAAUAAAAUAAUAUAAUCCAUUUUUAACAACUCAAUAUUUAAAAAAGAAAUUAUAAGUCAAUAAAACAUUAGAUGAUUUAAUUAAAAUGAGAAAGGAAUUAUUAAUGAAAUUGUAAGAAGAUGUUAAGAAUAAAGAAAUUAAUAAAUUAUAAGCUAAAAAUAUUGUUAGUAAAAUUAAUAAUAUUCUUCAUGAUAAAAUUUAAGAAAUAAAGGGUGAAUUAAGAAGAAAACAUUCUUCUCCAUAUUAUAAAUAGAAAACUAAUUAUAUUGAUAUUUUAUUUGAUGAAAAUGAUAUUGAAAAAUUAGAAGUUUAAUAAUCACCUGAUAGAUAUCUUGAUGUAGAUUUAUUAUAUGGAAUGGAUCAAUUAGUUACAAGAAAGAGAUCAAGAGCAGAAGAAAAAUUGAUUACUUAUUAUUUGAUGAAUAAAUAAAUGGAAGGCAAAUAAUUAAAUAAUUAAGAAUUAUAAUUUUUAGAUUCUUUGAGUCUUUAUUAACCAAAUGUUUAAGUUACUUAAUUACGUAUAAAAGAUAUAUAAUUUGAUGAUCUUAUUCAUUCAGAUUUCAAAUAAUUUGGAGAUUUUAGUGCUAGUGAUUUAUUAUUAUAAUUGAGUCAAUUAUUUGAUGAUUAAUUAUUCUUGGAUAUUUUAAGCAAUAAAUAUUAUAAAAAAUAAGGAAUUUAACAUCAUUUUAGAAGAAGAGAUAAUUAAUUAUAUUUAUAAUAAUAGGAAAAAUUAAUUUGGAUUGAAGAAUCUAGAUUAAAUGAUGAAGAAUUAAAAGAUCUUAGAGAAAUGUUAUAAGUAGGAAAAGUAUCAGAUCAACAUAUUGAAUCAAUGAAUUAAACUGAUUAUCCUUUAUAAAAUGUAUAUAGUUGGAUACAUGCUAAAUCUGCAGAAAAGUUUGAUUUAUCUCUAUUAGAUUAACACAAUUAGGAAUUAUGGAAUAAUAUAUUUAAAUGUUAAUAUGAAAAUACAACUGAAUAAUAAUUACAUGAUGUAGUCAAUCUAUUAGUAGAAAGAUAUUAUAUAUUAUAAUUCCAUCCAGUUACUUAUUUAAGGUAACUCUUAAGAAUGAUCUUAACUCAUCCAAAUUUAUCCACACUUGAUAAAAAAGUAAUUAUUUUUUUAUAAAUAAAUUAAUAGAAUCUUUAAUGUUUGAAAAAGACUGUAGGUUUUAAUUCUGAAGAUAUUUUGGCUAUUUCCAAAUCUGAAGCAGCUAUUACUGUUCCAUCUUAUUUAAGUGAAAUGUGUUACCCUUAUGGUGAGAAAUUAAGUAUAAUUUGAUGUACAAGG